UUGUAACAUCUGAACGUCAAUUCACACGCGUCUGGCGCUGAAGGUUUUGCGCUUACUAUGAGCGCUCGGCGGCUUGCGUCGCUGCUGCCCAAAUCAUGCUUGGAGCUAGUAGUCUGGGGUCAGCCGCGACUGUUGGGCGCGCUGGCCCAGAGUGAGGCAGCGCUUGAUGGCAACUGUCGACCCUCCACAUCCUACAGCCCCGCGGAGCCUGCCACGAGCCUAGCCGUUCGCCAGUACGCUUCCAGAGCUCAGCUAUCUUCAUCUAGCGUCACGCAGUGGCGGACGGCGCACACCGCGGCGUGCCCACAACACGGCCCCGCCUGCGCGCACGACCACGCGCACCACCAGCAACCCCAGCAAAGCGGCGCAGCCAGCGGCGCCAAGCCGGCGCCGCGGAGAGUGUUGACACUAGAGGAGGUGGAGAAGGCAUGUCGUGGCUGCGACAAACUUGUGAAGCGCGGCGGGUUGGUGUGCAACGGCUGUGCGACGGUACAGCCACCUGACGAGUCGCUGAGUUACUUCGAGCUCUUCUCACUGCCGGACAGCUCAUUCGACAUCGACCCACAACUGCUGGAGAAGCGCUACAAGCAGCUGCAGUGGAACCUGCACCCAGACAAAAUGGGGCACAAGCCGCCGCAGGAGCGCGAGUUCAGCGCGCAGCACGCCUCCGUCAUCAACCUCGCCUACUCCAUCCUCAAGUCGCCGCUGUCGCGAGCCAACUACCUGCUGGCCAGCAAGGGCGUGAACGCGGGCGAGGCGUUUGAGGGAACCAUCGAUGACCCAGAGCUGCUCAUGGAGGUUCUUGAGGCGCGAGAGGAGGUGGAGGGCACGGAUGACCCCGCAGCGCUGGCGCAGUUGCUGGCGCACAACCGGCGGCAGCAGGAGGGGCUGGUGGGACGCCUGAGCGCCGCCUUCCGGGCGGGCGAUAUGGGCGCCGCGGUGUCGCUGACGCACCAGCUGCAAUACGUGGCCAAGCUGGAGCAGGAGAUUGUGAAGAAGCUGCCGCAGCUGUGAGGAGCUCAGGGGCCUGUCGGUAGGGCUGCGGGGGGUGCGGUUGCGGCAAUUCUUUGAGGCUGUGGUUGACGGCGGAGACGGGAGAGCGCCAUGCGUUGGGUGGGUGAGGUUAGAGAGUUGGCUGGGUGGCAGCGGCUCAGGGCAGGGGCACAGUGGCGCAGUGGGUACACAGGUUGGGUUGGGAUUUGGACAGGAGCUCGUGUGAUUCAAGGAAGUGGCAACCAGUGGCAAAUGAUGGAGCUGGACAUUGAGUGGCUCAGUGAGGCGCGUGCUCAGCAGGGGGAGAUUUGUGGUUUCACCUGCUGUGACAUAUUGCAUGACCCACAAUGUCGGCUGGCAUGCUGCGGGGGCUGCCGCGCUGCGAGGCCACAGCCCGGGGUGCUGCAGUAGAGCAGUAGUGGCAUGACUUUGGCUUGGGUUGGCCCGGCUGGCGUCUGUCACGUCGUUGUCGGUGUCGGCUCACUGCUUGGUUGUGAGAGAAAUAUUCGACGGCUGACCGGGUGUAUUGGCGAACAUGGCGCGCGAGAGUGCCAGAGCGCGAGGCCAACACUGACGUGCGAAGUGACUUCCUGUUAAGCGCUGACUUAUCGCAGCGCAGUGGAGAUAAGUCUAGUUAUUGCGACGUAACUGCCGUGUUGCGUUAGAGUCACGCACGGCGCAGGACGCUCGGGUACGUGCCUGUGCAUGGGGCCGAACCGAGCUGGGUCUUGUACGCGUCAGGAGCACACGGCGCCUUAUCUGCCGUUGUGCUUCUGUACUGUAUUUCGGAUCGUCCCUCUGCCGGGACGGUGACCUCAGUGUGUCGCACUUAAACGUUCCCUACAUUUCUGGACUUUCUUUGCAAUCCUAUACCUGGUUCUAACUAUACUUUACCAUGUCUGGACCGAAUAAGCGUUUAAUAUACACUCAGACGGAGUUGCAGCGCUUUGUUGCGCGAUCCUGCUCAAUGGAACCCCUUAGCUUGAUCACGCUCGCUCUCUGAUCGUAAGGGAAUGCCCUUCGACGCUUCUCUGGCGCUUUGGACCACGCUUUGGUUCGGGGGCCGCAUUCGGGAGCAAAUCGGAGCAGAGCGGAGCUUUCAAGCGGAGCAAAGGCGCGCGAAGCGUUGCGGACAAGGCGUUCGGCAAGUCACUGAAAGCAAAAGGGCAUGCACAGCUGUGCGGGCGGGCUACUUGCUUGCCAUGCGCGGUCCUGCUUGCCGUGCCUUCGUGUCUACCCGUCGCUUUACAGUUCACAGCUUUGUGCAAUACCUUUCAUCUUCCAUCGUGCCACCCCCACCUCCCCAAGACCUCAGGGCUUUUGGCGCGGUACUUCUCCUGUCUGCCUAUCCAGGCCGCAGGGCCCGCGUGCCCUUGGGGAAAGGGCGUGUGUGCCGUUGGGAUCCGGCCUGUGCGCCGCAAGCAACGGGCUUUGCGCCCUUGCCUUAUGGACAAUGGAUGGCAUACGUGCCCUUAUGAUACGGCCUGUGUGCCGCAAGCAAUGGGCUCCGCGCCCUUGCUUUAUGGACAAUGGACGGCAUACGUGCCCUUAUGAUACGGCCUGUGCGCCGCAAGCAACGGGCUCCGCGCCCUUGCUUUAUGGACAAUGGACGGCAUACGUGCCCUUAUGAUACGGCCUGUGUGCCGCAAGCAAUGGGCUCCGCGCCCUUGCUUUAUGGACAAUGGACGGCAUACGUGCCCUUAUGAUACGGCCUGUGCGCCGCAAGCAACGGGCUCCGCGCCCUUGCUUUAUGGACAAUGGACGGCAUACGUGCCCUUAUGAUACGGCCUGUGUGCCGCAGGCAACGGGCUCCGCGCCCUUGCUUCACGGACAAUGGACGGCAUACGUGCCCCUACGAUACGGCCUGUGCGCCGCAAGCAACGGGCUCCGCGCCCUUGCUACAUGGACAAUUUACGGCGUACGUGCCCUCAUAAUACGGCCUGUGCGCCGCAGGCAACGGGCUCCGCGCCCUUGCUUCAUGGACACUUCACGGCGUACGUGCCCUCAUGAUACGGCCUGUGUGCCGCAGGCAACGGGCUCCGCGCCCUUGCUUCAUGGACAAUGCGCCGCGUACGUGUUCUUAUGAUACGGCCUGUGCGCCGCAAGCAACGGGCUCUGCACCCUUGUUUUAUGGACAAUUCACGGCAUACGUGCCCGUAUGAUGUGACCUGUGUGCCGCAAGCAACAGCUCACCCUUGCUUUUGGGUAAUAGAUGGCAUACGUGCCCUUAUGAUACGACCUGUGUGCCGCAAGCAACGGGCUCCACACUCUUGCGUUGUGGAUUAUAGACGGCAUUGAAAUGCUUACGUGCCUUCGUUGUACAUGCCUUUGCGUUGUGGACAAUGUGUGGUCUGAGCGCCACGUUCGGAUACGGCGUGUGUGCCGCCAGCAACAGGCUUUGCGCCUCGCAUCAUGUGUCUUGCGAUAUUGCCCGUGUGCCGCAUGCAAUUAUGCUGCCUGCCCUGUCGUUAUGGACGCUUCGACUUGUUGCGUGCCCUGCUGCGUGCCCUGUCGCAAUACGCCUUGAGUGUGCCGUGCACGGCAAGCCUGCGCCUCGCUAUUGCUUCGUGUUGACAACGGAGCGGGCUUACGUGAUCAUGCGUCACCCUGUACGUCUUGAGGUCCGCACGCACAUCAUACUAUCACGCGGCAUCACCAUUGUAGUUUGGCUGACGCACCCCAAGCCAACCUAUAUGCAUUCGAUGUGUGCGCUAGGCCCAAGUGCCGAAUUGUGGAGUUUUGUGCAGUUCGGCCAGCAUGCUAUUGCCAAUAACAAUACCG